GAAUCUGUUUAUAAUGGAUAUCGGACCAGUAAUGAAACAACAGCAGCUUCAAGAGUAUUUCGAGACAUUUGGAUGCGUUCAAGAAUUGCAUCUGUUUCCAAAUCAAUAUACAGAAAGAACUGGCUACGUUAUCUUUGAGAAUCCUCGUCAUGCUGCCAAUGCAUUGAAGACAGAAAAGUUGCAUUUUGGCAAUAAUCGCUUUUUAAAAGUCCAGCCAAGUUAUAGUUGGCAUCAACCGGAUGCCGAAAAAAUGCCAGAUAAACCGGAAUAUUCGAAGCCCCAUGAGAAAAGUGCUGCCAUAAUGAAACUGAACGAUUAUUGCUUAAGCAAUAUAUUCCGACAAUUAUCGUUAUCUGAUCGCAUUCAACUUGCACGCACCUGUUAUCGUUUUCGAUACAUUUAUGAGGAAAUGUCGCCGAUGCUGGACAAAUCUAUAGAUUUUGAAUUUUUUGCAAAAUUAACUGCGUGGGAAUUGCGUGAUUUUUUUCAACUUUCCGGACGUAAUGUUAAGAAUAUCAAAGGAAGAAUACCACAAGAUCACUUUUUCCUCGUCUGCGUAUUAAUUGGCAAGCAUUGCAUUAAUUUACAGUCAAUGAUAUUGGAAAACGAAAGUGCAACAUUGAACUUAUUUAAAAUUUUUGCAAAUCUAAAUAGUCUUCAAAAUCUGGAAAUACUUGGUUGUGAUCUCAUUGAUGAGAGUUUUAAAGCAAUCCAGCAUUUGAGUCAGCUUAAGAAACUGACUCUUUCCUCUAAUUCUAUGUUAACUGCAAAACAUUUGAAUUAUUUGCCAAAUUCUGUUGAGUCGCUGACUUUAAAAGAGUGUGAUUUUCUGCAGGACCCGGAAUUUUUGAUUAUAAUAUUUGGGAGCCUACCGCUGCUUAAGGAAUUGCACAUACCGGACUUUAUUCCCGAAACUCCGUGUUUCGAGCAGCUUAUCAAAGACAAUUGCUGUGAAUCUUUGGAGUUUCUUUCCAUUGGAUGCGGUGAUCAGAUGCUUCCUGAUUUUAAUCACAUUGCAAGGCUACCAAGUCUUAAGAAACUACACUUGAACAUAUUUCCUGUUUGGGCUUUGGUGCCUCCAAUCCUAAUGACAUGGCUGGUGGAGUAUAAGUUCAAGCAGUUGGAACAUUUUGAACUAGAUCUAUGUGCUGAAAGCUCUAUCACUGCCGAGUUUCUUCCGAUGAUUGGAAAACUGAGCGCAUUGCGUACGCUGGGCUUGAUGUACUGCGAUGCGAUCACCGAUCGCGGAUUAGAGGAACUAUUUACCCUGCAAGAUUUGGCAGAAAUCAAUAUCAACCUUAGUAGGAAUGUCACGGAUAAUGGUGUACUCCGACUGAUCCUUGCCUGUCCCAAACUGCAGGUGCUAAAUCUGGAAUAUUGCGAGAAACUCACCGAUAAGCUUCUUCAUGACAUUAUUUUGAAUCUACAAGAUAAUCAAAAAAAUCGUCCACUUCCCAUUAAACUAUUAAUGUUCGGCACCAAAGUCAAUGAAUCUAACCUACUUAAUUCGAAUGUGGCUGCCAGAAAUAUAAUAGAUGUAAUUUUUUAAGUACGUUAUAAGAGAGAACUCUACAUUUUAAGAUUAAAACAAUU